AGGAGCCUCUUAUCGUUAUUUCACUGAAACGAAACUAAAGUGAUUCUAAACUCUCGAAAAAACGUAUACUUAGUUUAGGUAGACAGAUUUGGUUAUUUACACAGAGAUCAUAGAAAACAACAUAAGUGCCAACAGAAAUGGCUUCUUGCAGCAGUCUCCAGUCUGAAGAUCAGUUCCAGUGUUCUAUCUGUCUGGAUGUGUUCACUGAUCCUGUCUGUACUUCAUGUGGACACAACUUCUGCAAGGCCUGUAUCACCCAGUACUGGGACAACAGUGACCUGUGUCAAUGUCCCAUGUGUAAAAUUACUUUUGAUAAGAGACCAGAUCUCUAUGUCAACACUUUCAUCUCUGAGAUGGCUGCUCAGUUCAGGAAGUCAGAGCCACUGAAAGUUGCCAUCAGUCCAGAACUGUGUCCUGCUAAACCUGAAGUGUCAUGUGACUAUUGUACAGGUACCAAGCUCAAGGCCCUGAAGUCCUGUCUGGUGUGUCUGACCUCUUACUGUGAGACUCACCUGGAGCCUCAUCAGAGAGUUGCAGCCUUGAAGAAACACAAGCUGAUGGACCCUGUGGAGAACCUGGAGGACAGGAUGUGUCAGAAGCAUGAGAGACCCCUGGAGCUGUUCUGUAGGACUGACCAGACGUGUGUGUGUCUCAUGUGCACGAGAACAGACCAUAAGACCCAUGACACUGUCACUUUAGAGGAGGUGUAUGAACAGAGGAAGGUUAAACUGGGACAGAUGAUGGCUGAGAUGAACCAAAUGAUGGAAGAAAGAUCUGAGAAGGUUCAGGAGAUCAAACUCUCAGUAGAGACCAGCAAGAGAGAUGCAGAGAGAGAGAUAUCAGACAGUGUUCAGGUCUUCACUGCUCUGGUGCGCUCCAUUGAGAGAAGCCAGGCUGAGCUCAUUGAGGUGAUGGAGGAGAAGCAGAAAGCAGCAGAGAAACAGGCUGAAGGGUUGAUUCAAGAUCUGGAGCAGGAGAUCACUGAGCUGAAGAGGAGAAGCACUGAGCUGGAGCAGCUCUCACACACUGAGGACCACCUCCACCUGCUGCAGAGCUUCCCAUCCCUGAGCACCCCUCCACACACCCAGGACUGGUCUGAGAUCAGUGUCCACAGUGGUCUGAGUGUGGGGGCAGUGAGGAGAGCUGUGUCUCAGCUGCAGGAGACACUCAAUAAAGAGAUGGAAAAACUGCCUGAAGUCAAGCUGAAGAGGAUUCAGCAGUAUGCAAUGGAUGUGACUCUGGACCCUGAUACAGCACAUCCCGAACUCAUCCUGUCUGAGGAUGGGAAACAAGUGAGACAUGGAGACAUAAGACAGGAUCUCCCUGACAACCCAGAGAGAUUUGAUUAUUGUGUCAAUGUCCUGGGAAAGCAGGGCUUCUCCUCAGGGAGGUUCUACUAUGAGGUGCAGGUUGAGGGAGUGACUGAGUGGGAUCUGGGAGUGGUCAGAGAGUCCAUCAACAGGAAGGGGCAGAUCACACUGAGUCCUGAGGAUGGAUACUGGACUGUAUAUCUGAGGAGGGGAGAUGAGUACUGGGCUCUGGCUGACCUCCCUGUCCUCCUCUCCCUGAGACAGAAGCCCCAGAAGGUGGGGGAGUUUGUGGACUAUGAGGAGGGUCUGGUCUCCUUUUAUGAUGUGGAGGCCAGGUCUCAUAUCUACUCUUUCACUGGCUGCACCUUCACUGAGAAACUCUAUCCAUACUUCAGUCCCAGUCUGAAUUAUAGAGGUAAAAACUCUGCCCCUCUGAUCAUCACUCCUGUCACACAGUGAAAAACAAAGACGUGGAAAUGCUGGAGUUGAAAAGAAAAUGUGAUUACACAAUAUUAAUCUGAACAAAACUGUUGUGAGUGUGCUGGAGACAAAGUCAUUUAGAUUUUCAGACAUUUAUAAAAACUCUUCAUACAGGUGCAGUGCUCCCCUGGUGGCUCACAGGGUAGAGCAUGAACCUCAGACUAAGGCCUUGACUCAGGGUUCGAGUCCAGCCUGGGAUAUUUUUGAAAAAAAUUGAAAGUUUUUGCUUUUUGUGUGUUAACAAUUGUGAAAAACUGUAAAAUGGUACAUUUCAUCAGUUUAAACAUUUGACAUGUUUUAUAUGUUCUAUUGUGAAUAACAUAAUGGGUUUAUGAGAUUUGUAAAUACUUUUAUUGUUUUUAUUUAUUUUACCAACGUCCCAACUUUUUGGGAAUUGGGGUUGUAGUAUCAUUCCAUUGGGUCAUGUAGAUUGAUACAUAUUUUAGCCUAAACGUUUAUUUCACAAACUACUUUAAGUUUGUAUCAUUCUGAAAAAAUUGCUCAUCGGUGUUUAAUGCAUUAACCUAAAUGUUUUAUUCAUUGAAGUUGAUUUUCUUUAAAUGGAUGUACAUUUUGUACUGAAAGGCCCUAGUGGUAAAAAACUUAAAUAUGGCAUCAUGCCAGAAAUUCUGUGGUGAAUCAUCGUUUUCCCAUUGGGUCAGUGUAACAGAAACGUCUGGUUAAGCAACAACACGUGUUAAGCCUGACAAUUAGAAUGCCCCGGACCAAGUCCAUUUUGCAGCAUUAAUUGCUAUAGUAACUGAGUUUGAACUACAUUAAACUGGCUUUAUGGAACCGAA